AUGUCUUCCGUAUUCAUUGCCUUUUGCUUCGUUAAAACUAUUAGCGGAAAUGACAAAUUCUUAACUGGAACUGCAGUAUAUCGUGCAAAUAGUACUGAGGAUGAAUUUAGAGAACUAACCUAUAAAGGUUUUACUGGAAAUUCUGAAACUUUGAUAAUUGAUUUUGAAAAAAAUUCUAUCCUCAGUCUUAUUCAAACUAUACCGCUUUCUUCCCCUCAACAUGAUUCUACUUGUGCUCCAGAAGACCUUCCGUAUGCCUUUUCACUCUUGCUUUAUACUGCUCCUGCUGUUACUAAUUCAUACAAAUUUAAUGAUACUAUUGGAAGACAAAGUUUUAUGUUGUCAAAAAAACUUUACAACCCUGUAACUAGCCAAAAAGGUAUUGAAUCUGAUGUAAUCGUAUCUUACACCAACGCCAAUGGUAGAUACGAUUCUCUCAAAGAUAGUUUAAAAAAAAGUGUCAUCUCCGCUGUUGGAAGAUUGAAACUCAACUCUAAUAGUAAGAUCCCUCAUAUAAUUUCCUCGGAAAUCGAGUGGAGUUAUGCCGCGAAUGACCCGAAAUCAUCAAACCAAUCUUCCGCUGAAAAAACAAAAUCUAAAGAAUUUAAUGAUCAACUUGAUUUAAUUGAAGAACAAUACAAUACAAUGACCUCUCAAACCUCUAAUAAAAGAAGAAGAGUUGGCCUCUUUUCUUCCUCUUCCAAAUCCUCUACCGAUAAACUCCAAAAUGUAGAUCUUAAAGAACUUGCAGAGCAAAUUCGAAACACUGCCCCUGAACCACAAAACCCUCCCAAUGAAUCUUCAGAUAAAAACUAA